UAGCUGGGAGGAGAAGCGCUUAAGCAUGAGGAACUCUUUUCUAGCCGUAGUGGUUUACUAUUUGAAGUGCCUACCCUUCACGAACCCACGUUCGAAACCUUGCGUGCGCGAUGAAGAGGCAAGCAAAGUUGGGGAGGAGAAUGAGAGGAAGCCGCAAGGAUGGAAAUCCAUGCCCUACGUCAUAGGGAACGAGACGGCCUGCAAGAUAGCAACUUACGGGCUGACGGCGAAUCUGCAGUUGUAUCUGACGGAGCGCUUCAACAUGGGGACAGUGCAGGCAACAAACGUCAGCAACAUCUUCUCAGGCACCACCAACUUCGCACCGCUUGUUGGGGCUUUCAUCUCGGAUGCUUACUGGGGUAGAUUCACUACCCUAGUUUAUGGCUGCUUCGCGAGCCUCCUGGUGCGUAUAUUUUAA